UUGAGUGUUCAGGGUGAAGGACCAUCAAGGAAGAGAUUCCACCAUUUGGGGAUUAAACCAAAUUCCCAACCUGGUUAUCCUAAACUUUUAUUUAAAUAAGGUCUACAAUGGCUGGUGUUGGUGACAAGAAAGGAAGAAAAGAUGACAAUGGCAUUGGCACUGCUAUUGAUUUUGUUCUGUCCAAUGCGAAACUGGUACUUGGGGUUGGUGGAGCUGCCAUGCUUGGCAUUGCUACUCUCGCUGUUAAACGAAUGUAUGACAGGGCCAUUAGUGCUCCAGCCAGCCCCAUGAAGAUGAAUCCAUCAGGGAAGAGGAGCUGGGAAGAGCCAAGUUGGAUGGGGUCUUCUCCUCGUGUACUGAAUAAAGACAUGAAGAGCAAUAUCAGCAGGUCACUGCAGGUACUUCCUACUGACCAGGCAGCAUUUGAAACUGAAUUAUUCAAACCAGAUGUUUGCAAAGGUGCAAACUCCAGUAAAAAGAAUCAGACUGACAUGAAGAAAGCCCGUCUCCGAAGAUCCAUGCAGGAGAAGCUGUUUGCUUACUACAUGAAGCAUGCUGUUAUAGAUCCAAGGGAACAGAUUCAAGCAAAGCAAGCUGCUGUAGACAUCUGUACCGAGUUGCGCAGUUUCAUCCACACCAGACUUCCUGACAUGCCUCUUAGGGAUAUGUACCUUAGUGGCAGCCUGUACGAUGACCUACAGGUAGUUGCUGCUGACCAUGUCCAGCUGAUGGUGCCACUUGUGUUGGAGAAAAAUCUUUGGUCAUUCAUCCCAGGAGAGGACACCAUAAUGAACAUACCUGGAUUUUACUUGGUACGCAGAGAAAAUAUGGAAUACUUCCCCAGAGGGAGCAGUUACUGGGACCGCUGUAUUGUUGGAGGAUAUCUUUCACCAAAAAUUGUGACUGAUAACUUUGAGAAAGUUGUGACAGGUUCCAUUAACUGGCCAGCUAUCGGGAGUAUCCUUGGGUAUGUAAUUCAUCCUGUAGUGUCCACAGAUACUGUGACAUUAGAGAUACAGUUUGAUACGAACCAGCGACUGUUUAUUGAUUUCUUGCCCUUAACAGUGAUGGGAAACACCAUGUUAAUUGCUAAACCACAUCGACUAGAGAAGUACGAAAAUAUGUGGAGAGAAACAUUCCGAACUGUGGAGACUGCCAAGCUAAGGGCCUUGGAUGAAGAGGAUGGCGGAUGCCGCUGUAUCUGCCUCAAGAUUAUGAAAGCCAUUUGUAGGUUCACUCCUGCCCUCAGCAAGCUGAAUUCCAGCCAGUUGAUUAAUGUGGUCUUGCACAUCAGUGAGAAGGAGGCAGAUUGGUCACAGGCUGCUCUUGCAGACCGGUUCUUGCAGGUUGUCAAGGAACUCAUUGCUUACUUAGAAGGGAGCUCCUUACCAUGUAUAUUUAACCCAAAGGUGAAUUUGUUUUCAGAACUGACUCCUGAGGAGAUUGAUGAGUUAGGGUAUACUCUUUACUGCUCAUUGUCUGAUCCUGAGACUUUGAUACAGACAUCUAAUUAAGUUGUGGUGCUGGUAUUGUAGUAGAGUUGGUGAUCCAGGGACUUCCAACAUUUUCUUUCUCAGGUGCCUUGAUAAUUUCCUUAAUUAUAAAUAUUCAUGAAAUACUUAAUGUUCAGAGACUGUCUGGAUUUUUAUUUAAAUUCAUUGUUUGAGAAUGUGUGAAUUGGGCUCUGUCAUUAUCAGAUUGUAGUAUGUUAUAGCUUCCACUUUGCUCUUCAUUUCAAGUUGUAUGCCUUGCUGUAGACUGUUCAUUAAAGGUUCUGACAUCCCUUUUUCAUGCAAGCAAUCUUUUUAAUCAGCAAGUGAGAAGAAUGAAAUACGAAUCACUUUGGAAAUUGUUUAUAUAUUUACGUAUUGUGUACGUGUAUGGAAAGAAUGUGUGCACG